AUGAACCCGCCGAGCUUUGUCCUGGAGCGCUUCUUUGCCCAGUAUGAAUUCUCGGCAAACCAUAACAUAUUUGCAAGGAUGUGGCCGUACUCUCGGCGGGAAUUGCUGAUCAUGUGCGCCGGCGACAAGGAGAUGCUCACGGCAUGGGAUGAGCUGAGCCUCGGGAUGUUCUUGAGUGCGUGCCGUGCGAGGGCAUACUGCUCACUGCCCAGGCGCUCGUGGCGCCCGGUGAUCACGUGGCACGUGCGCGGGGGUGGCGCCGUGCCGCUGCGCUUCGACGUCGACGACCUGGCGGCCACGUGCGCGGCUGUGGGCGGCAAGGUCAAACUCAUUGUCGUCAACUUUCCGCACAACCCUACCGGCUGCCAGCUGACUGAAAGCGAGCUGAUGCGCGUUGUCGCCAUCGCGCGCUCGUGCGGCGCCUUUGUGCUCGGUGAUGAGAUGUACCGCGGCCUCGUGUACGGCGAUUCCCCGCCGCUGCCGGCCAUGUGUGAGGGCAUGUCCAAAGUCUAUGCUCUCCGCGGGCUGCGCGUCGGCUGGCUCGUCUCCCAGAAGGCUAACGGGCGCGCGAUACACACGACAAAGUAUCUUAUCGCUCGAGCGAACGUGUAUUUUAAGAACUCUUUCGCGUCGUCCUAA